AUAAUUGUAUACUUUAGGUAUUAAUUGUAUAAGUUUCAAAUCUUUUGAAACCGCACGUAUUGAAAUUACACAUCAUUACUCAUCAAUUAGGAUACAGCUUACCAUAAAUGUCUGCCAGAUUUUCUGCCAUGAAAGAUGAGAUUGCGUCUGUAAUCAAUAUCGAUCUAAAUGAAAACUUUAUUAAUGAAAUACUUGAGACUGAUGAAGAAUAUAUUCAGCAUAUUAUGGUUGAAAAUGUUAUAAGGGAGAAUAUAGAAGAGAAGCUUAAUUCAAUCAAAGAUUUUGCUUGGUCAAGUAUAGAGCUAGUCGACAUUAUGAAAGACGUUGGUUUUUCAGCUAUUGAAGCUAAAAAAAUUGAAAAAAUUAUUGAUAAACAAAUAACACAUUGUUCGUUACAAAAUUGGGUUAGCUUGUAUUUAGACGGAAAACUUCAAAACAAAGAUAUGAUUUCUUGUUCAAAUUUUCCCUUUGAAGGUCCGGAAAAUGCAGAGUUUACAAUCAACUUAAACUCCUCAAGAUAUUUAAACCACCCCAAUAAUGAAAUUGCUAUAUGGAACUUUAAUUCGAGUUCAUCAGAAACAGAAAUUCUAAAUAAAAUUAAAGAAAUUCAAAAAACUUUGUCGUUAGGAGUUGAGACGUGGUUUCACGGGACAACUGGAAACUUUGCAAAAUGUAUUUUAACUAAAGGAGUUAAUGUGAAAAUGGGAAAGGCGCGGAAAGAUUUUUCGCACAACAAAGGAUUUUACCUAAAACAAAAGUUUCUUGAAACCAAAAACUGGGCUUUUGUUAUUUCAAAAUCCUUGAAAACCAAAUCUCUGCUGUACUUACAUAUAAUAUACCAAAAACACAACUCAGCACUUACAGAAGUUUGCCCGAAUUAAACCAAGACAAUAAAAAUGAUUGGAACGAAGUUACUAAUUUUUUUAGGUCUGGUCGUUUUGCUACAAAACCAAGUUGUUCUCAGCUUUGUUUAAAAAGUGAGCGAAUGGCGAAGUUUUUAAAUGAAUGCCUUGUUGGUGUUGUGUUUUUCAAAUUAAUCUAAAAAACUAGUUUUUGAAGAAAAAACUUUA